GAUUCGGUGAUCAAAAAUGGGGAGCGGGGGUUCCAAGGCCAAAGCUUCCAGCGGCCCAAAAACAGACAUUCUGAAAGAAACGGACGAGGAUCCAAUGAAUUUGGACGAUUUUGUUGAGGGAUACCCGCCUCCGAAACCGGUCCUGGACAAAAAGAGACAUAUUUUUACUACAGAGGAUAAAGCGGUGGCUGAUAGCAGGGCCAGUCAAAUAAGAGUGGAGGAUUAUCAGUCCUUUGAGGCGCUGUCUCGUGCGCUUACCGAGGGAUUAGGAAAUGACGUGCAGAAAGUGCGCGCGCUCUUUACAUGGAUCGGCCUUCAAGGAUCAAAGGGACAUAAUUCAAAGAACAACGUAGAGCCCCUGUCACCUCAACAUAUUGUGCAAUUAGUUACCCAGAGAAAAGCCUCCUACAACCUUUUAUUUGUUUCGUUAUGUAGAGCUGUAAAAAUACCCUGUGUUUUCAUCCGUGGCAUAGCGAAGAGUGCGGCCUACGAAGUGGGUGAUAGAACAGUGGACAAACUUGGUAAUUCCUGGACUGCGGUGUUUGUUUCCGGUGGGUGGCGCUUAGUGUUUCCGCUGUGGGCGUUUUCAGCUAUUGUUGGUCACAGCACCGGAACAUGGACACUUGUGGAAUCUGAUGGUAAAGGAGCGAGAGAAACGGCAGAGAAGUCUUCGGGAACAACCGUCAGUAACUUCAAUGACUAUUAUUUCCUCACUGACCCAGAAGAGUUCAUCUAUUUUUGUUUACCUCGAGACCCUGAGUGGCAGUUACUUGCAAAACCUUUUACAAAGCAGAAAUUCAUUGAAAUAGCCAAUUGUGAACAAGCUUACUUCGAAAAUCAUAUCCAAAUCACAACUAAGCUCGAAUGUCUGUACACGUCUGAAAACGGUGUUUGCGAUAUUGGUAUAAAGAAGACAAAUGGAGAAGAAUUUAAACACUUGUACAAACUUUACUUUAAUCAUGAAAAAUCAAACACUAAAUUAUCGAAAGAAAUUCAGUUAGAUAGGUAUGUCGCAGUUAUGAACAAUAAAUCUGCUGUAAACUUUCGGAUUCGAUUUCCAGGCGCAGGAAUAUACAAACUGGAACUCUACGGCGGAUCACCGACCGGAUUUCCUCUACUUUGUUCUUUUCGUUUGGAUUGUAAUGAAGAUGUGAGUAAUGUGAAUCCGUUCCCGUGUAACCCAGAGGCAGGGUUUGGACCAAAUUUAGUUACAACGUCCGCAGGAUUAGAAGCAGAAUCUCACAAAUCGGGAUUCAUCAACAUAAAAAAGAGCAAAAACGUCAAUAUUAAGUUUAAUAUUUCUAAAAAUGUUAUUGUGCAGACAGUCUUGGUUCACAAUAAUAUUAAGGAGGAGGUGCUAAGUCAACACGUCACACAUAAGGUCAAAGGUAAAGAACUCGACAUUAAUGUGAACGUACCUCAACAAGGAGAAUACGCACUUCAAAUCAACACAAAAACAAAGGGGUCGUCAGAGCCCUUUAAAAACGCCUGUAAUUAUUUACUUGCAUCAGAAGACAUGAAUAAAAAGAAAAGAUCUUACGAGAACGCAGCAGAAAAGAAGGCUCGAAACAAUCUGAACGAAUGUCUCAAGUCGAACGACCCAGAGUCGAUUCAGAAAGCUUUAGACAAGUUUGACCAAUUCGAUUUGGACGACAAUGGUAAGAGAGAAAAGGCAGAAAGAAAAAAGAAUUUCCUUGUAUUGCAAAAAGAAUUGAAGGAGGCUAUUGCAAGAAGAAAUGUAGAUAUAUUAGAGACGGCACUAGAUAAUGCUAAGUCGUCCGAAUUUUCAUCUAACUUACAAAAUCAGAUUAAGGAAGGAGAGCAACUAUUAGGAGAGCUAAGGAAAAUCAAAAGGUUCGCACACGAAGUUCUGCAGAUGAAGCAGCCGACAAUUUCCGAGAUCCACACCUACAAACAUCCCAAGCCCCUGGCUUACGACAUCAUGAAGGCCACAUAUGUUCUUCUAGGAGAAAAAGAAAGUCAUUUAGAGGAAUGGGAGCAAAUUCAAGGUCUGAUGAGGAAAACGGGGAAACAGGGGCUCUUACGGCGCGUGCGCGAGUUUGACACGAUCCACGUGACCGAAAACAUGGUGAACAAUGCAGCACAACUUCUACGUCCCUACGACAAGGAAACAGCGGCGACAGCAAGCGCAGGCCUUGGGACCUUCUACAAAUGGGCAUCAAAUAUUGUAACAGACUCGACCUAGGCAGAUUUUUCAAACAUCGUUGGAAUAUUUCCAUGGCGGUCCAAGGGGAAAAUGAGUU